AUGAAGUACGUUCUGGUUUCUGGAGGUGUGAUCUCCGGUGUGGGAAAGGGCAUUAUUGCCUCGAGCUGUGGUUUGCUGUUCAAGACUGCUGGUUUGACAGUUUCCACGAUCAAGAUUGAUCCCUACCUGAACAUCGAUGCUGGUCUUAUGAACCCUCUAGAACACGGUGAAGUGUUCGUUUGCGACGAUGGUGCCGAAACCGAUCUCGAUCUCGGAAACUAUGAACGUUAUCUGGGUGUGACGCUGGGAGGUGACAACAACAUCACGACCGGAAAGAUCUACAACCACGUCAUCACGAAAGAGCGUCGUGGCGAUUACCUCGGAAAGACAGUUCAAAUCGUCCCCCACCUCACCAACGAGAUUCAAAACCUGGGUGGAACCGUCGGUGAUAUCGAGAGUGCGCCUUUCGUCGAGGCCAUGUCCCAGCUUCAACGCCGCGCUGGAAAGGACAACUUCCUUGCGAUCCAAGUCAGCUAUGUUCCUUUGAUCGGCUCGGAGCAGAAGACGAAGCCCACGCAAAGGGCUAUCAGUGACUUGCGCAGUGCUGGUAUCCGACCGGAUCUGAUUGCUUGCCGUUGCGAAACCCCCUUGGAAGAGGCUACCAUCCAAAAAAUUGCCAACUCCUGCCAGGUGGAGCGGGCCCAGGUUGUCGGCGUCCACAACGUCACGACGACCUACCAGGUUCCCAUUCUGCUGGAGAAGCAAGCAUUCCUCCACACCAUCAGCGAACUUCUUAAAAUCGAUGCCAUUCCCAAGGAACAGAAACUCUUGGAAUACGGCAAGAUCAUGUGGCAGGAGUGGCAGGGUCUGGCCCUUAGUCAGGAUCACGUUUUCGAGACCGUUACGAUCGCCCUGGUUGGCAAGUACACUAGUCUGCACGACUCCUACAUGAGUGUGAGCAAGGCGCUGGAACAUGCUGCCAUGCACUGCCGACGGAAGUUGCAGCUCAUCUGGGUCGAAUCGUCUCACUUGGAAGAGGAACACCGAAACAACAAGCCGGGAGAGUACCACACUGCCUGGCAACAGCUCACAACCGCCAGCGGUAUCCUUGUGCCGGGUGGUUUCGGUGAGCGUGGAACGGAAGGAAUGAUCAAGAGUGCCCAAUGGGCCCGUUCCAACAACGUCCCUUACCUCGGUAUCUGCCUGGGUAUGCAGUUGGCCGUCGUCGAAUUCGCCCGCAACGUCUGCGGCAUGGACAAGGCCGGCAGCGCCGAGUUCAACGAACAAUGCGAACAGCCCGUCAUCGUGUACAUGCCCGAGAUCGACAAGUCGAAAAUGGGCGGCACCAUGCGUCUCGGCAAGCGCGCCACCAUCUUCCAGUCGGGCUCCGAAUGGUCCCGUCUACGGAAGCUGUACGGUGAGAAGGAGGAGGUCUGGGAGCGUCACCGCCACCGCUACGAAGUCAACCCCUCGCUUAUCAAGAGGCUCGAGGACGGCGGUCUCUCGUUCAUUGGCAAGGACGAGGCGGGCGAGCGUAUGGAGAUCAUCGAACUGAAGGACCACAAGUGGUUUGUCGGUGUCCAGUUCCACCCCGAAUACUUGUCCCGUGUGUUGGCUCCCAGCAAGACCUUCCUUGGUUUCUUCGCCGCUGCCGCUGGCUGCCUGGGACCCAUCACGGAGGUCUUCAAGGACCGUCACGACCUCAGCCACCAGCAAGUCAAGCUGCCCGUGGUUUAG